AUGUUAUUCAAUUGGAAUAUCCAAGAUGUCUGCAUUGUGUUUGAAUGGUGGCACAUUCAUUCAGUCACACAAUUCAUCCUGUCUAGUCUGGCAUUGGUAGCCAUUGCAAUUCUUUAUGAAUUCUUGCGCGCCCAGGCCAAUUCUCUUGAUCACAAAUGGUCAACAAAGCCCUCUUUUCAAUCAGACUCACUCGACCACAUCAAUGAAACGGUUCCUCUCAUUUCAUCCAAAACACAAGGAAAUCGUUCAUUGAUUAGGUCUAGCCUCUAUGCUGUCUUGGUUGCCCUCAGUUUCUGGAUAAUGCUGGUGUUUAUGACCUACAAUGGAUACCUAAUGUUGGCCAUCGUGGUUGGUGCAGGAAUCGGCCAUUAUCUGUUUGCAAACCGCCUUUCUACUGAUCGGUCUAUCCAAUGCCACUAA